UGGACAUAUGAAGAAUUUGGUCGUCGAUACCGCGUACUCUUUCCGGAAGGAAAAGCAAUGUGGCGCGAUAACCCGCGACAAUUCGCUGAAAAAGCAUGCCACAAAUGUCUCGAGGAAGGAAAAUUUGCCCUGGGCAAAACAAAAAUCUUUUUCCGUACUGGACAAGUUGCUCUUUUGGAACGAAUUCGGCUCGAAACUCUGAGCGCAUCCGCAGUGCUGAUUCAAUCGAGAUGGCGUGGAUAUGUUGCUAGGAAGAAAUAUGAGACCAUGAUGAAGAGCAUACGUACUAUACAGGCUUGCACUAUCACAUGUCACCUGCUGAAAAUUUUUCUCAGCUGA